AUGGAAAACGGGCACCUACCCUCAACAAACACGCCAAUCUCACCGCAUGCGCAAUCAGAAUCAUCAAACGCCCCCGCAACAAAUGGGAAAUUGAGCGGUGGUAGCAAAACGCAGUAUACGUAUGAAUAUUUGGCUCAGUUACUGAAAGACAAGAAACAGCUGGAAGCAUUCCCUAAUGUUUUCCAUCAUCUCGAUCGUCUCGCUGAAGAAGAAAUCAGCAGAGUUCGAGUAUCGUUAUUUCAAUUCGAGUUUGCAAAGGAUGCAAUGUCAAAUUUACCAGAACCAGAGGGUGACGUUACCACCAUGACGGAAAAAAUAUUUGUUCCUGUGAAGGAACAUCCAGAUUAUAAUUUUGUCGGAAGGAUACUGGGUCCACGUGGUAUGACAGCGAAACAACUAGAACAAGAAACUGGCUGUAAAAUAAUGGUACGUGGCAAGGGUUCAAUGCGCGAUAAAGCUAAGGAAGAAGCAAACCGCGGAAAACCUAACUGGGAACAUUUAUCAGAAGAGUUACAUGUUUUGAUACAGUGUGAAGACACACCUAAUCGUGCAUUGUUAAAAUUAAAACGAGCUGCAGCUGAAGUAAAAAAGUUACUUGUGCCUUCGUCAGACGAUGAUGAGCUAAAGCGUAAACAGCUGAUGGAAUUAGCGAUCAUUAAUGGAACUUAUCGAUCUGGAACUGUUAAUCAAACAGCUGCUGCGCAAGCUGCAGCUGCGGCUGCAGUUAACAAAAAUUCAUUGGCUGCUUUACAAGCUCGUCUGAUGGCACCGCUACCUCUUGCUGCUACACAGCCGAAUAAUCUCCGAUCACCUGGUUUAACUGGAGCACCAAUUAUUCUGUCGCCUUCACGUGGUGCUGCACCUACUGCUGCAACCGCAGCAGCCGCAGCUCUUGCAGCACAAUUGCAAGCAGUAGCAAAUCAGCAACAAAAUGUUGCAGCUGCAUUCACACAACAAGGACCAGCUGCUGUAGCUACAUUGCCAGCACAGCUACUGCAGAAUCCAGCAUUAGCGCAAAAUGAGUAUGGUCAACUGUACCUCAGCUCGUUAUCAUAUGAUCCGUCGGGUGCAGCAGGUUAUGGAGCACCGGUAAGCAGCACUGCCGCAACCCUUCAAGCUCAAGCUCAAGCGCAAGCACAACAGCAACAGCAGCAGCAAUAUGCAGCUGCGGCUGCGGCUGCCAUGCUUGGUGCCAAUGCAUAUAUCGGCGAUUAUACAUCAGUCGAUAUAUCGCAUGCCGGUGCAAUGCUGUGUAAUCAACGACGUGUGCUUGGUCAGUCCAGGGACCAUCCAUAUGGUAGUGGAAAGUCAGCCACUUCAUAA